AAGUGCGAGCGCCAUCUAUUACGUCAGAAAAGUGCAGAUCUCUUACAUAAUUGUUGCAUCACGUAACAGAUUUCUUUAAACCAGUUAGGUAAAAACAAUUCAAAUUGCAUAAAAGAGUAAUUAAUGUAAAUUAAAGCAUCUACUUUAUUGCUAAAUUAAUAACCCCAGUAGUCGUAAUACGAAUAAUAAUAAUGUCAACUCGGUUGAUAAAAUAGGUGACGUUGACGUUUGACAUAUAGUUGACAAGUGCCAUAAAUAAUAACCUAUUUAAAUAAUUUUUGCAGUAUGUUUAAAGACGUUUUCAGAUAUUAUAAGUCAAGAAAUCCUCCCCCAGAACUUACAAAAGUAUUAGACUUUGACAACGUCGACACAUUAGAAUCAAAAAUUAAAAGAGUCACAAUAAAAGACAUUCAUGACUUGAAAAACUACGGAUUGCAGCCAGCCAAGACUUGGGAGGCCUAUGAACUAAUUGAACAUCCUGGUUUGAUAUUUAUUAAAAACCCAUUUAGCAGCAUAGGUCAAAGAUACUGGACAGUGCGUUGUUUGCAGGACUACACGAAAAGACCAAAUAAAACGAACUUAGAUUCUUUUAAGUUGGUCCCUGAAGGGAAAGAAUGGUGGGAUGUUUGUCAGAAUAAUCAUGAUAAACUUUUAUUGAACAAACUACGAUGGGUUACUUUGGGGUAUCACCAUGACUGGGACACAAAAAUAUACAGUGAAGACAAUAAAGGAGAAUUUCCUAAAGAUUUGUCAGAACUGAGCAGACAUGUUGCUCAAGCACUUGACUUUAAUUUUAAUGCAGAGGCAGCCAUUGUUAAUUUUUACCACAUGGACUCGACGCUAUCAGGUCAUACAGACCAUUCGGAACAAAAUUUAGAAGCGCCAUUGUUGUCUUUUAGUUUUGGGCAAACUGCAAUAUUUCUUUUAGGUGGUAAGACAAAAGAAGAUGCACCCACAGCCGUGUUCAUAAGGAGUGGCGACAUCGUCGUAAUGAGUCAAGACUCCAGACUGUGUUAUCACGGAGUUCCUAAAAUUUUACAAAUGGACUCACGUUUUUGGGAUUGUUUUAAUCAAAAUAAUUUAGUAAAUAAGGAAUUUAGGGAAGUUGUGCACAUUUGUAAAGAGGAAACUUUAUGGAAACCUUUUGCUGACUAUUUGAACAGCUCAAGGAUAAAUGUCAAUGUCAGACAAGUGUUAAAAAGGGGCCAGAAAAGGUUGUGUUCAGAGUCUGAGGACAAGAAAUAAAAAACGUUUUAAUUGUUUA